GAUAAUUCACACAUUCUUGACAAGAAAAACGAAACUAUAAAAAGUUCAACUUCACAUUGAAUAAAUUUAGAUUUAUAAACCCUUUGUUUUCGUUAACUUGUUAUCGGAAAACAUAUUUGGAUAAAAAAUGUUUAAAAUUAUAAUACUUUCAAUUUUGAUAAUAUGCACGUUUGGUGCACCAACUGAAAAAUCUGAUCAACCAGCUUUAUUGUUGAAAUCAGAUAGUCACAAAGAUGACAAGGAAAUAAAAUCUGCAACACUACCAGUGAACGAACGAAAAUACGGGGAACAUGUUGCCAAGCGUGAUACAAAUACUGAUAAAUCAGAUGCUAAAUCAACAAAUGAUAAUUCAGCUCCUAAAGUUAAAGAGACCAAAGAAUUACCUGCAGAACAGAAGCCAAAACGAGAGACCCAUAAUUUACAGUCUCAUCCAGCUGAAUCAGUAAGCAGCCACGAAGAAAAAAAAGAACCAUCAUCUGAGAAACCUAAAGCAAAAACGUUAUCUGAAGAGAAAAAAAAUAAACGUGAAGCACCCAAGCCACAAACACUUCCCGCAACCGACGUUAAAUCAGAAUUAAACCCAGAAUCAGUUUCUAACCAACCAGAACAUAACAAAGCUCCGAAACCAGCAGUUUUACCAGCAUCUGCUCACCAGCAUAAACGUGAAAAUCCCCAACAUUUACCAGCCAAGGAGACCGAAAAUAUUGGAACUAAAAGUGAUUCAGAUAAUUCUAAAAGUACAGUAGUUAUCAAAGAUUCUGAAUCAAACAAUAAAAAUAAUGCUCAUAAAAGAGAUAUCCCAGUUUCGUUAGUGCCCAGUACAAGUCCGAAAUCUGAAGUUAAUGAAGCAAAAAAAUCUGACGCUAAAUCUAGUUCGGAAGAGAAAGAUUCAAAAAAUGAUAGUCAACAUCGUCCAUUACCUACUUAUACCAAACCCGUUCCCGUUGCUGAUUUAUUCAAACAACACUGACAUCAAAUAGAAAGCUCAGAUUAAAGUUUCGAUUUUAACCAUAAGAUAUUUUUUCUAACUAUUUUUGUUAAGUUGUUAAGGGAUUCAACUAUUUCAUGUACAAGUAAAAAUAAAACCAUA